AUGACUUCCGUCAACGCGCCGCAUGCCGACAAGGCGCAAGUUGUUACCGUUGAGUCGGCAACUUUGGAAAACAUGGGCAGGAAUGACGCAGAUUUUUCCACGACCAUUCUCGACGCCAAAAUUGCGACAGAAAAGGAGCACUCCAUGUCUCUUUGGCAUGGCCUCAGGCAGUAUCCCCGCGCAAUUGGUUGGUCAAUUCUCUUUUCGACCGCCAUCAUUAUGGAAGGCUACGAUGUCGUCUUGCUGGGCUCUUUCUAUGCCUACCCAGAGUUCAACAAAAAGUUUGGCAACCUUCAGCCGGAUGGAUCCUAUCAGCUCACUGCUCCCUGGCAGGCUGGUCUAAGUAUGGCCAUGAACGUGGGCCAAAUCUUGGGCCUCUUCGUCAAUGGAAUCAUUGUUGAGCGCUUGGGUUACAAGAAGUCUAUGCUGGGAUCCCUCACGCUGGUCAUUGCAUUCAUAUUCGUCCUCUUCUUUGCCCAGAACCUCCCAACACUUCUCGUGGGCGAGAUUCUCAUGGGCAUACCACUCGGCGCUUUCCAGACCGUUACUGUGACUUAUGCGUCCGAGGUUUGUCCAGUGGUUUUGCGCUGCUAUUUGACCACCUAUGUCAACUUGUGCUGGGUUAUUGGUCAGUUCAUUGCCUCUGGCGUUCUUCGAGGCUUCGUUGAGAGGACGGAUGAAUGGGGAUUUCGCAUUCCCUUUGCCAUCCAGUGGAUCUGGCCUGUUCCUAUCAUCAUUGGAGUUUUGCUAGCGCCGGAAAGCCCCUGGUGGUUAGUUCGACAAGGCCGCAAGGCGGAUGCCAUCACCUCGCUGCAGCGGCUGACUGGCGGUGUGUUCGAGGGGAAUAGCAGCGCCGAGGAAACGGUCGCCAUGAUGGUGCAUACCAAUGAGCUGGAAAGACAGAUGGAAGAAGGUACAACCUACCUGGACUGUUUCAAAGGCGUCAACCUCCGCCGUACCGAAAUAGUCUGCCUCACUUGGGUUGCUCAAAAUCUGUGUGGUGCUGGUCUGAUGGCCAACUCGACCUACUUCUACGUUCAAGCUGGACUUGCCGCAACAAAUUCGUUCAGCAUGUCUCUAGGACAGUAUGGUAUAGGCAUUCUCGGCACACUCUUUUCAUGGGUCCUCAUGACACAUUUUGGGCGACGAACUCUGUACGUAGGUGGCUUGAUGGCACUCAACGUACUCCUUUUAGUCGUUGGUUUCACCUCAUUGGCUGGUGAUCAUAACUCAGGGGCUUCUUGGGCCAUUGGUUCUAUGCUCUUGGUUUAUACCUUUGUCUACGACUCUACCGUGGGACCAGUUUGUUACUCUCUGGUGUCGGAACUGUCCUCAACCCGUCUUCGAACCAAAACGAUCGUCCUGUCUCGGAACGCGUAUAAUGUGUUUUCAAUCGUCAAUGCCAUCAUUUUCCCCUAUAUGUUGAACCCAACGGCCUGGAACUGGCGUGGAAAGGCAGGCUUUUUCUGGGCUGGGUUUUGUUUCUUAUGCGUUGUAUGGACCUUCUUUCGCCUGCCGGAACCACAGGGCCGCACUUUCGGGGAGCUCGAUGUUCUCUUCGAACAGAAAAUUCCCGCAAGGAAGUUCAGGACUACCGUGGUGGAUCCAUUUGAUCUUGGUGACCAUGCGACUGAGAAAUUGAAGGAGUAG